CCCUCUUUUGACUGCGUUACUUUUUGGGAGGCUUGUUUCGGAGAACAUAUGCACAUUAAGCGACUCCUUUCACUCCUCAGUGAGGCCCAGGAACAAUAUUUCCUACUUCCCAACCCACCCACUGUCACCUCGGGGCACUAUAUAAGACAGCAGAUGGACCUGAUGAUAAGAGCCUGAUCUGAAGACAAGCCUGGCCAUGCAGUGUAAAGUCCUCGUCUGUGUUGUGCUCCUGGCUCUCGUAAAGCAUGUGUCUUCAAGCGAAAUCCACGCCAGCCCAAAUGCAAACACAACCCUCCCCUGCAACGUCUCCCUACAAGGAGGCAACCCAGAGGUGUCUCUGAUGAACAUCAGCUGGACAAGAGAUGGCUCUGAAGUCGCUUCRUUCAGAGAAGCAACUGCACAAAUAAAGGAUGGCUUCAGCUGGAAUCCGGCUGAUUUCAUCGAUGGGGACUUUUCACUCACCAUCCUCAAAGCCAGCCUCGGCCUGCAGGGGCUGUACGAGUGCAAAGUUAUCUACAACUCCUCCACUCCACACUCCAGCAACGUCACAUUUACUAUUCUUGCCCCUCCUUCUCUCUCACUGCCUCGGCGGUGGGUGGUGUUCGAAAGAGAGACCCAGCUCGAGUGCCAUGCCAGUGGUUUCUACCCUCCUCCUGUCCUUUUUACCUGGACCAGAGAGGGACAAGUCAUCCAGCCUCCCCRUGAGGUGGAAGGUGAGCUGAUUCCAGAUGGGUACUACACAGCUGUGAGCAACCUCACCUUCUACGCUUCCAGAGAGGACAAGAAUGUGACCUUUAGCUGCAAAGUGUCCCAUGAAGGAAGCAAUAAAGAGCUGGAUUUUCAGCUCAACAUCAUUUAUCUUCCAACCAUCAGGCUUUCUGUUGUACCAUCACCCUCCAAAAACGUUCCUCUCACUUUGUUCUGUGAUGUGGAGAGUUUCUACCCAGAGGAAAUGUCUGUGUCCUGGUUUCAAAAUGGCACAGCACUCACCGAGCCCCCACUUACUCAUCAGAACCCAGAUCAGACCUUCAGGACCAGACGCUAUUUUACUCUGAGCCCAGAGCAAAGGCAGAGACGGGGCAAGAUUGAGUGUGCAGUUAACCAACCUGGAGUUAUGAGCCCUGUCGGUGUGUCAGCCGACCUGGACAAACUGGAUCCUCAAGAUGAGGCUCCUGUAUUAACUAAGUCAGCCAAAGCAUCUGUGGCCAUGAUGUGUAUAUCCAUAGUGCUGGUUUUCCUGCUUUGCUUCGGCUUUUCCUGGAGGAGAAGAGAAGAGAAACAGAAGUCCCUCACUGUGUCAGGAAUCAUCCUCCCACCACGCGUGGUCGUUGGUCAAAAGGGGAGACUGACGUUGAGCAUCGAGGGCAGGCAGGUGGACCGAGUCCAGACCACAUGGUUCCUCAAUGACACCCCCAUCAUUGACACCUCACUCACAGCUUCAGAGAAAGGUCCUCUCCUGACCUCCAGAGGUGAAACGGGUUACUACAAGCUGCACACUCAGGGACCCCUGCAUUCCUCUGGAAAGGGAGCUCAGCAGCUGAUCUCGGCRCUCACCUUCAUCCCUCAGAUUUCACUACACAAGGGGGCCGUGUUUAAGUGUCAGGUGGCCUACGUGGGGAAGGACAAGAUUGUUCAAGAAAGGGUGUCGGAGAGGUUUACUAUUCUGUCUUCCCCAGAGGUGUCAGAGAUACAGCUGGCAGAGACAGAAAAUGAUCCAGAUGUCAUCAGGAUGACGGUCCAAGCAUCACAUUUCCAUCCGGAUGUCAUCACCUUCCGUUGGUUCUGCCAGGGCGGUGAGCUCAGCCCCGUGGCGUCGCAGGCCUCGUCCUCGCCUCGGCCAAAUUCCGAGGGAUUCUUCUCGGCCUUCAGCCAGUGCAAACUUCCCCGGAGCGAGCUGGAAAAGGGGGCGGCAAAGGUGUGGGUCAGCGUCCACCACAUCGCCCUGAAGCAGCCGGUCACUCGUGAAACCAGAGGCUUCAUCAAAAGGCCGCGAGUGUCCGACAUUAUCAGCAGCUCCAAGUCUUUAAAUCAAAGUUUGGAUCUGGGAUGUGAAAUUACCGAUUUCUACCCCCCGAACAUCUCAGUCACUUGGCUGAAGCUUCGAGAUGGAGAGGAGGAUGAUAGAGAGGAGGAGGUGAUGGAGGGAGGGCAGCUGUGGGGCCCCAUACAGACUCAUCCCAGACUUUUCAGGGCCACGGCCGCCCUGAAGAAAACCAUAACCCACCAGGAGAAAAGGGACAGAAGAGGGGGGAUCAUCUGCAGAGUCGAGCAUUGUUCUUUACUCGAACCAAUAGAGAGACAAUGGAGACACUGUGACCUUGUUGCUCCCAUCAUUCCUUCAUCUAUUUCGGUUUGCUGGAGCUGUGAAGGUGUCGGUGUGUUCUCCCUCCUGUUGAAGGGAGGUCACCCUAAGGCGAAAUUAUUCUGGGUGGCAGGAGGAUCUACGUUGUCCCCAUUAGAGUCCAGUGAGGCAGAGGAGAUAGGAGAUGACGGACAGAGGGAGCUGAAAAGUGUCUGUGCCCUGGAGAGGUCCGAAAGCCCACUAAAUUCAACCAAAAAGCAGCUGGAGGGACAGAAGACCAUAUGUAGAAUAAAAACUAAAGCUGCAGUCACAGACCCUGAGACUGAAGGGAUUGAAUUCAUCGAUGAGAAGGUGGACGAAGAGAACGACAGCACUGACAGAGACAAGGAAACCUUAUCUGAGCCAGAGGAGGACAACGACAAAGAAAAUGAGGAUGACCCGAAAGCACUUCACAUCAACAGAGUCAACCUGAGAGCAGUUUCUAGAGAAAAUGAACGAGCACGACUGAGAGUGUGUGUAGAGRUCACACACCCCGCGCUCAAACUUCCUGUUUAUCGAACAUGGACUGCUGGUGUCAAGGUAAAUGGUCAGAGAGACAAACAAGAAAGAAGAGUGACGAUGGACGAAAACAGUGCUGCUGCCAGGGUGGAGAGGACUCUGUGGACAGUCUGGUGUUACCUAAGUGAAGCUGUGAACAGAUUCCUCAGGCCACAGCCAGCUGAGCCUGUCAACAGUAACCCAAACUCCCCCGGCGAAUCCGGAGCUCAUGGCGAGCCUCCAGACCGCGGCCUCUCACAGGACGACGUCGUCAACUCCAGUGAAAGAGAAGGAAUCGAUGAGGAACAGCCGCGCGCUGCGGUCUCUCUGCUUAGUACGUCUUCAGCUACCGUUGCCUGGACAGCUUGCACCAACGACUCAGCGUCUGACGAGGAAGAGGCCACACAGAUGAGAAAAGGCAACGAGAACAAAGAGUCUGAGGAUGAAAGGAGGACAAGAGAGGAAGRUUUGGACCAUGAAGAGCUGCUGGACGCUGAAGAAGAAAAAGCAAAUCAAGUCGAACAAAAGGAUACGGAGAUCAAAAAAUUUGACUCUUCUGAACUAAGUGGGAUGUCUACAAACGAGGAAGAAAGUACAGAUGUAGGAUCAGUAGGUCUAACCAAUGAAACUGUCAGCAAAGUGAUGGAGAAAAGUGAUGAAGAAGGUGGUGGUGACGAAGAAUCAAAGACACAAGACGAYUGUCAAAAAGUAGAAGAAGCCACGACAGAAACCCAGAUAACAGAAGAUGAUGUAGAGGAGGAUUUGGAGGAUGAAGAAAAGCUUCACAAAGCAGAGGAAGGCGUGGAUACAGAUGAUGUAACGCCAGCAUUUAGGAUGAAAGAUGUAAACAUUUGUGAAGGUGCGUUACAUCUGAGCUCAGAAACUGAACACACUUCGGAGGAGAGAAGAAAACGAGCUGACAGUCAGCUCUCAGUCUGUGAAGAGGUGUCAGAGAACGAGCUGAUCGUCCCUGAACUGGAGAUUGGAGAUAAAAAUGAUGAAAAGACGUUAGUGACUGCCACUGAGGAGGAGGAGGACAUCAGCAACACGGCACAGAAACUGGCAGAAGAUGAAGAGCCAGAAACUGAAAAGAACAACAGAACAGUUCAAGAUGGCCACCAGGAAGAAAAUGUUCUGACUGAAAGUGUUGCAUGCAGUGAAGCAGCUGAACUCACAUGUAAGGAAGAGGAUGUGGUGGUCAUCAUGGAAACUACAGAGGCAGAUGUGGCCACUGCAGGAACGGAUCUAAAUAAAAGAUUUAUUGAUAAAGAUCAGGUGGGAAACGAGAGGCCUGCGACUGAAGUUGACAACAAAGUGAGCUGCGUGGAAAACCUUUGCACCCCAGUUACCGUAAAACCUGAGACUGCACAGGAAGCAAGCAGGGAAUUUAAAAAUAUUCCCUGGCGGAUGAGCGAAGGCCAGGCCGCCGUGUCGCACGAACGAAGCACUGAGGCGAGCGAGGAAACACGAGAGGGAGGUCCUGAGCAUAACAAUGAGCUCGAGUCAGACGAAAACAAAACACAAGGCUUCUUGGAGGGAGGAAAUUCUGGGGAAAUCCACAACAUUCCAUUACCGGAAGAGGUGGAGGACGAAGAACGGGCGAGCCUUAUAAACAGUGGCACAGGAGCUGACUAUUCACUGGAGGGGGAGCUUUUGGAGGAGACACAAAACAGCAUAGACAGAAGCAACAGCAAGGUUGUUUUGACUGAGGAGGAGCUCACUGAAAGUCAGACCUCAGCACGAGACGCAGAGAAACCACAGAGCGAGAAAGAAAACCUAGAAUCCGGAUUUUUAUUUGAAGAAGAAGAGGUGGAAUCACUGGAUAGCUCAAUGAAGACUAAGUUCAAACUCCUAGGGAAAGAACUGGAGACUUACGAUGAGACCGAUAAGACAACGGAGGAGCUGCAGGAUGGAGAUAAAGCUCCUGAAUUCGGAGCAGAUGGAGAGCCAKUCAGUGCUGCUGGAGAUGGUGAUGAGAGGAACGAAGGCGUAGCUGUAGAUAAAGAGGUUGAGUUUGACGAAGGAACACCAAAUUUCCUUGAGGCUCAAGCAAUCACAGAACCAAGCUUGUGUCUAGAUCCAGCACAAUCCGCACACACAGACCAAACAAGUGAAGGGAUGUAUAACUUAGAGGACAAAACUGAUUUGAUGAUUUUGCAACAGAUGGAGAUUAAAUUAUCUGACGAUAAUGUAGAAAUUCUACACGUAGGCACCGAGGAAGAAGCUUCUACUGCAGAGGAAGAAGAGAAUAAAAUGCAGGACAUAAACCAGACCACAACUCUGCAGUUAGCAGAAACAACAGAGGAGCUUAUUCAAACACAAAACGACAAAGUAAACGCUCUGAUCACAGAAUCUGAACUGUCACAUCCUGAGAGACACACAAUGAUAAAUCAAUCCCCACUCAGAGCUCUUCAGAUGCAGGAGACAAACACGACGACAGACACUGAAGCAGCCAAUGAAGCUGAAAUAACUGAAGCCAGAAAUAAUCUUGAAAUGCCAGCAGAGGAAACAAAGCAAGAGGAGAGACACACAGAAGAAAUGAGCAGUUCAGUCGCAGGUCAUCAAGAUGUGAUUGAUGAAGAAAUCCUGGACUUGUGGAUGGAGGCGGCAAUGUCAAAGGACACCGAUAAUGAUGAAGACGACCGGUUUGAACUACAAAAGGACACAACAGAACACCAGUUGAGUGAACACUCACCAGAGAGUGAGAGGCAGCUACUGAYGGACCCACGUUCAGUAGAACCUACAGCAGUAAGUGACUCAGAAAGGUUGUCAGAGCCUGGAUAUUUGGACCAGACUCAACAACUCAAACCAACCACAUCCCUCGAAGACGUACACAACAUGCUGGUCACUACGUCACAAUCAGCCGACUCCUCUGAAUUUUCAGCACUUGACUUUGAAUCUCAGGCUGAAUUGAUGGAGGAAACAGCAGAAACUGCAGAGCCAGGCAGGGUGACAGAAUCCUGCUCUGAUUCAGGACUUUCAUCAUCGGAGGAAAAACAACUUAAUGAGGGAUCAGAGCGAUCCCUGGAAGAGCUUGAUGAAAACCCACCAGAGACUGAAGCUGAGAUGGAAACAGGGACAACAGCCUGGAAGGAGACAGAAGAAGCAAAUGUUACAUCACUGAUAAAUGUUCAUUUUCAGGAUGAAACAAGAGUUGAAGAUGAGCUUGUUGAGCGUGUUUGGUUCGAGGAGGGCUUCAUGUUGGCAGAGCUUCCUUCUGGAGGUGAACAAUGGAUUGAAUCUGAAGAGAACCAGAUCUCACGGGAUCACAGAUGCUCAGAAGAAACCACAGAAUCAUCACUAAGGCUAAUCAGGGCUUUGGUGGCAGAGGAACAAACAGUAAUGCUUGAGGAUCAGGAUGAGGUGGAUGCUCUGCUGCUGGACUGCAGGAUACAAAGGUCACGCAUCUCGGUUAAAAAUCCUCGUGUCAGGCCACCCACAGAUCCACGCUCACUAAUAAACAUGCCCUCCGCAGAUCCCACUCCCUCAUCGCAUGUGCCGGUUAAACUGCCUGGUGUGCCUUUAGGAGGCUUGGGCAUGGGAAUCAAACUGCCUGGUCUUGGUGGAGGUUUUCCUGUUUUAAAGAAGACACAGCGAUCCAUGAGAGGAGAAGAUAGCCAAAGCAUCCAAUCACAGGAACCCGAAAAAAAGGUGGAGGAGAGUGAAGGUGCCAAACAGGAUGAGACACAACACAAACCUAAAUGGAUGCCACCAGGACAUGCAGGGUUUGGGAAUCCACUUAUGUCUGAACUCAGGACCAAACUGAAGAAAACAGCCAAAGACUGAAAUAACGUUUUUUAAUGUAUUCUGCAAAUGUUUCAGUAUAACAUGAACAAUUUUAUUUUUCUUUAUCAGACAAAAAACACAUGAUGAAAUGUAUUUUACUUAAUUUUAUGUUCCUGCAUUUUAUAAUAAAGCACAACUAAAAAUAAAUGAUAUUUUAUUUAAUGUGAA